AUGUCCAAACUAGUACAAGCAGGAGAUAAAGCUAAAAAUAUUCAUUUAUGGACAACUGCAAGUACGAAAUUUUCAUUAUUCACUGCAACAGAGCAGUCACCUGUAUUACUUGCUUUUUUUCCAUGUGCAUUUACAAAGCAUGACAACAAAGUUUUAAAUGGUAUCAACGAUAAAUAUAUUAAAUUAUUUAAAGAUUUAAAUGUUCGAAUUAUUGGGAUCAGCACAGAUACUCAUUGGACAUUAGAUGCAUAUAAAAAUGAGAAAAAUAUUAAAUUUGAAAUGGCAUCAGAUUUCAAUAAAGAUGCUGCUAAAGCAUAUGGUAUACUUAUGGAUAAAUAUUCGUCCUACGGGUAUAAUGGAGUUGCUAAAGAAGCCUGUAUUCUCGUUGCAUUUGAUAAGUAA